UCUCCCUUUCGUUCUGGUUCAACCAUUCACAUCCUGCAUCUGCUCGCCUUUCUCCAUCUCUCUAUUUAUACCGUCGCGCGCCUCUCCGGUCGUGAAAGCAUUCUGUCCUUAAAGAGAGAAGGCAUGGACAGACGUGGGAACCGAUGGAGUGAACCCGAUACGAAUCGCGAGAAGGAUGAUGAGAGAUACCGCAAUAGAGAUCACCGCCACCGCGGCUAUGGACGAGGCCACCGGCAUGGAAGGUGUGGUCACAGAGAGGAGAGAAACACUCUCCGAGAAUCUCACCUUAGAGAUGGGAGCUGGUCGUGUACCGAGACCGACGCACGUCAUCCUGAUAUCCAGACUAUUGCUGCCCGGCUGGAGUUUAACCCCGUGCUGGAGUAUAAUCAGGUUUCCUCAGGAAAUAGGGAUAAGAUUUGUCCCAUCAGAUGCCUUGACAAAAGUGGCUCGUUGCUUGCUCUGCAUGUCAGGCUUCUUGUCAAUCACUUUCUUGUUACCUUUAAUCCCGAAACCAUCAUAAGCCGCUACAAUGUCGACAUCAAGCCCGAGGCACCGAUGAGGCACCGCCAUCCUGUGAGGCUAUCAAAAGCCACUCUUUAUCAGAUCAAGGAAAAGCUAUUCUUUGACAACCACAUGCAGUUUCCAUUAUCGGUGAUUGCUAAUGAUGGCGAGAGGAACAUUUUUAGUGCAAUUCCACUGCCUUGCGGAACGUACAAGGUGAAGAUAUUUUCCGGUGAAGACAGGGAGGACUCAUCAUUCCAAUGCACCAUCAAGCUUGUGCACGAGUUCAACCUCCUUAAGUUGAAAGACUACUUGGCUGGAACCUUCUUGUCGUUCCCGCAGGACAUAUUGCGGAGCGUGAAUCUAGUGAUGAAGGAAAAGCCCCACUAGGCACAUGAUCUCAGUCGGACGGCAUUUGUAUCCCCUCGAGUAUCAAGAGACAGACGACCUGAAGUGCGGUGUCGUGGCAUUUAGAGGGUUCCAACACAGCUUGAAGCCGACCUACCAAGGCCUUGCACUGUCUCUCGAUUGCUCAGCCAUGGCCUUUCGAAAGAGGAUGCCGGUCAUCGAUUUCCUCGAGGAGAAUAUACGUGGAUUCAACAUUGGUCAGUUUGCGAGGUACAGGAGGGAAGUCGAGCAGGCGCUAAAGGGGUUGACGGUCACAGUGACCCACCGCAAGACCAAACAAAAGUAUACGAUCAUGGGACUGACUGACGAGACCACAAGUUCGAUAUCUUUCAGCUACGAGAGCCCUGAGGGCAAGAUGAAUACGAUCAAUCUAGCAAACUAUUUCUUAGAGAAGUACAAAAUAGAGAUAAGGUAUAGGGACAUUCCUUGCCUAGAUUUGAGCAAGAACAACAACAAGCAGUUUGUACCGAUGGAGUUGUGCAUGUUGGUCGAGGGGCAGAGGUACCCAAAAGAGAAUUUGGAGAGAUAUGCCUCCACCUUGCUGAAGAACCUCUAUUUGCCUCCCCCAAAUAUCAGGAAAAGUUCCAUUUGCGACACGAUGAGGUCGAACUCUGGACGGUGCGGAGACGUCAGCCGGAACUUUGGAAUGGAAGUCGACUCGAACAUGACGAAAGUGGUGGGACGUGUCAUUGGACCUCCUGAGUUGAAACUGGCGAUUCCAAAUGGCAAGGUGAUCAGGAUAAAGGUUGAUAAAGACAAAUGUCAUUGGAAUCUAAGGGGAAAAUCGGCCGUGAAGGGGAAGACGAUCCAAAGAUGGGUCAUCGUCGAUUUCAGCGCGUCGGACCAGAAUUGGCUCAACUGUAAGCCGUUCAUCCAAAAGCUUAUCAGCCGAUGCAGAAACUUGGGUAUUCGGAUGGAAGAACCACUUUAUCAAGAUGCCACAAUGAGCGUUUUCUCCAAUGUGGCUAGAUUGACAGAGCUGCUAGAGGAUGUCAAUGAUCGCGCUUGUAAAGUUGGGAGAUGCCGUCCUCAAUUCCUUCUUUGCGUCAUGUCUAGGAGAGACAUCGGCUACAAGCACCUCAAAUGGAUUUGCGAGAUUAAAGUUGGGUUAAUCACUCAGUGUUGCCUUUCGAAUAAAGCAAACAUGGAUAAGAACGAUCAAUAUCUAGCAUAUCUUGCCCUCAAGAUCAAUGCCAAGCUUGGAGGCAGCAACGUGGAGCUAUUCAAUCCAUUCCCACACAUCAACGACAAGGGGCAUGUGAUGUUCCUUGGUGCUGACGUCAACCAUCCUGCCUCCCGCAACACAAUCAGUCCAUCAUUUGCUGCAGUCGUCGGUACCAUCAACUGGCCUGCUGCCAAUCGCUAUGCUGCAAGGGUGCGACCUCAGCUCCACCGGCAGGAGAAAAUUGCCAACAUCGGGGAGAUGUGUCUGGAGCUCGUUGAGACAUAUGCCCGUCUGAAUCGAGUUAGGCCUGGGAAACUUGUUUUGUUCCGCGAUGGGGUGAGCGAAAGCCAAUUCGAUAUGGUUUUGAAUGAAGAAUUGCGGGACUUGAAGAAGGCUUUCUCCGAGAAAGAUUACAGGCCAACCAUCACGAUCGUUGUGGCACAGAAGCGCAACCAAACUCGUCUUUUCAUGGAGGGAGAUGUCGAUGGGGAUCCCACAAGCAACGUGCCACCAGGGACAAUCCUGGACACAAUAGUUGUGCAUCCUUUUGAAUUCGACUUCUAUCUGUGCAGCCACUAUGGCGGCCUCGGGACAAGCAAGCUGACCCAUUACCAUGUGCUCUGGGACGAGCACAAGUUUAGCUCUGAUCACUUGCAGAAGUUGAUUUACAGCUUAUGUUUUACCUUUGCUCGAUGCACCAAAUCAGUAUCUCUGGUCACGCCUGUGUACUAUGCUGAUCUUGCUGCCUAUAGAGGAAGGUUGUAUCACGAGUCAGUAAUGGAGUGUUCUCCCAAGUCGAUGGUCUCUUCAUUCUUCUCAAUGGCGUCCUCAUCGUCCUCAUUGGUUUGUUCAAAUGAAAAGAGAUUCUACAAGCUGCAUGCUGAUGUGGAGAACAUGAUGUUCUUCAUUUGAAGUUACGCUCCCGUGUUUAGAAAAGUUCAAAUUCUCCCUCCAAAAAACGUAGAGGAGACAUGCUGGAUAUUGCCAUUGCCUCUCCUCCAGAA